AUGGCAUAUACGAUGCAAUUUAUGGCCAUCACCACCUCGGACAUGCCAAUGCUGUAUGCGUUACAUAAGACGACUGAAAACCAUCAUAGUGGAUACUAUGGAUUAGUUGCUACAAUGGAGGUUUAUGGGCACACUCUUACUGUUAAACAGAUAAGCACCGCAGCAAUUUAUAUUCUUAACGCUGAGGGUGAUUUUGAUGAAAACCUCAAUGCAAUUUCUGUUGGAUGGGUGGUUUCGCCACCUCACUUUAAUGACUCGCAGACUUACCUUUUCACGACUUGGACGAAAGACAAUGGAAAUACAGGAUGCAUGAACGUGGAUUGUGAAGGGUUUCGGCUUGUGAGCGGGUCCCCUAUAUUUCCUGGUGAUAUCAUUCAACCAGUGUAUGAUAUUAAAGGGGUACGGCAAAAUAUUACUAUUAAAGUGUUCAAGGACAAAUCAAGUGGAAACUGGUGGGUACACUGUGGCCUUAAUAGCGACCCAAUCCCAGUGGGUUAUUUUCCAGCAUCACUAUUUAGUAGCUUAUCUGUGAAAGCAUCUGCUAUCUGGGUGGGUGGUCAUGUUAUUAGUGACCCAAGAGUUUCAUCACCUACCAUGGGAAGUGGGGCCUUUGCAUCAGACACGCGCAAAGCUGCAUUGAUCCGUGACAUUCAGCUCAUCGACAGGGAUGGCAAAACCACACUAGUAAGCAAUAAGAUGCCAACCACUGUCACAGACGAUAAGCUCUACUCGGUCUCGCGGAUUGCAGGAGGAAAAAUCUACUAUGGAGGGCCAGGGGGUCGGUCCGCAUGA